AUGGAUCUGACUGCCGUGAUGACAGACGAGACGUCAUUCAACGGCGCCGAGAUACUUAAGCCUUGGGACGAAUUGCGACUUAAUUUUGAAGAAUGUAAGAAUCAAUCCCUAGCACAUAUGCCAAUGCUCGAGAAAUUGCGAAAAUUAGCAAAUGGAAUUCAAGAAAUCACGGAAUUAUUUUUCAAAGAAGCUGGUCGCUUUGACUGCAUACGUGCCGCUCUUGACGAAAUAUUGAACGGACAUGGAGGCAUAAUCCCAAUGUUAGAAUAUCUCAGUGCAGUCGAAUUAAUCAACCUGGAUGGAGAGAAAGAUUCGGACAUAGAAGUCGAAGUACAGGCGAUAAAUUUGGUCGUAACGGUGGGCAAAUCAUUGCAAAACCGAGGCCCACUAGAGCCCCUAGAAUACAGGAUUAUCCUUCGUGAGAUCGUCGAUUCGGCAAUUUUUGAACUUCUCAAUACGUUUCGUAUUAACCCCAUACCAAACGAGAUACUGGCCGAGGCCGACGUUGCCACUCAUUUCAACUUAUACAGUGACCUGUGUCAGCGUAUACUAUCCAAAAGCAUCAGCUUAAGACCGGAAAUACGGGCUGCCGCUGAGCCCAAUUCCGAGAGGUCCACGGGUGGCUUCCAAUAUUCAAACAGCCUCGACUACAAGACUGACCAACUUCGAAUCCUUGAAAUACUCCCUGGUGUUAGGGAUGACCGUAUUAUUUGUCGUCUGGUCAAGUGUGACUUGCGCGACGGAAUUCCAGAAGCUCUAUCGUACGUUUGGGGUAAAGAUAUGUCGCAAACUUCUAUUCAAGUUGAUGGGCAAGAUUUUCAUGUCACAAAGAAUCUGUAUGAAAUACUUCGAAACAUACGGUAUUCAGACCGUAUCAGGGCUAUCUGGAUUGAUGCAGUAUGCAUUAAUCAAUCAGAUGCCCAAGAGAAGACACACCAAGUUCGCAUGAUGGGGGAUAUCUACUCCAAGGCUGAAAACACCAUCAUUUGGCUAGGUGAUGACAAUGAUGCAAAUGAAUGUGCCUUCGACAUGGCCUCAUGGUGUCCCCCAUUCCCUGAUGGAGCUAAGGGCCUUACGAUAAACGAAUACGAUCUCAUUGCAAUUUUAAGGGAAGCUAAAAAAUAUUCGUUUGAAGAAGGAGAGUGGAGCAAACGACAAUGGAUUCUUUACGCCAUGCUCCGUCGUUGCUUCGCUCGAAUUGUUUUUCGGGACUGGUGGGAGAGGGUAUGGACGCUUCAAGAAGCCGCCCUUCCGCCAAAGGCGCCCCUUUUUUUCUUUCAGGGCCAUAACUUCUCGUUCGAUGAACUGGUGGACGCUCAAAACCUCAUACAUAAGUUGGACCCGUUGGUGGAAAAGCAAUUAGGUAAUAUGUGCAAUGUGGUAGGGAACGAGGUAGAGAAAAUUAUAUUGGCGCUUGGAAAAGUGCCGGGCGAAUCUUUGGCUCGUAGCAGAUUAUUGCUUAUUUACCGACAUGGCCUAGAGCGUCUAGAGAAAACUCGUAAACCUUUAUUCAAAACACUCCCCAGUUUACUCCUUCACACAUGCAUUUGCCAGGCUACAGAACCCAAAGAUAAAAUUUUCGCACUGGCCUCGCUGCUCUCCAAGCCCCUUGGCAAACUCAUACAGAUUGAUUACAGCGAAGAGUGUGAGGAGACAUUCAAGCGCGCAACGGCUCGAUCCAUUAAUGGAUAUGGACUCGGUUUAACGAGCAGUUUUAAUUUCCUCUUUGAGUCGAGCCUGCGUGAAGGCAAAACACCUACCGGCCCCUCUUGGGUUCUCGAUUUCACCUAUUCCGACGCUCAGUUUUCCAGGAGCAAUUCACCAAGAGACUGGAUAGAUGGUGUAACACCAAACACAUUCAUGUACGAUCAUGGUCCUCCUAAAGUUAGGAAGGCGCCGUUUGGAAGAAUCUACGCCACUCCUAAAUCUCUAUUCUGUGCGGGAUGCCGCAUAGAUGAAGUCUGUCACAUCGGCAAAGUCGCAAAUCCACACGAUUUUCCGUUGCCAUCUGACAUAUCCGAACUAUUUUCAAAAGAAGGGUAUCCGCUGAAUAUAUUUAAACUCCCUUAUGCCAUAUAUAUGGCACGCGGCAAACUAUUAGGACAAGUUGAUUUCCAGAAUCCCAUAGACAUCAUACAAGCGGACGACGAAGAAACCCUUGACAAACUCAAGUUCUAUAUGGAACUUCUCUCUCCUAAGUUCGAACGUCCCUUGCUAAAAGGCACAACGAUGGCCGAUCUCGGGUUUUUAAACUAUGAACUCGCCGACCAACUAUGUUUUAUCACGAAAGAGGGGCUCGUCGGUCUAUCUACAGCCCCCAUUGAACCGGGCGAUUCUCUCUGCUAUAUAGACACUGCCCGGGUAUAUAUUAUCCUUAGGGAUGUGAAAGAUGAGAAUGGCAGCCCAAGAACGCGAAGGAUUGUUUCUCGCGCGGCUAUAAGUUAUGGGUUUGACAUGGUGAAAUUGAUCAACUCUAAAGAAAGAUGCGCCUUUCAGAUUGUUUAA